GAUUUUCCUGUGAACUUCUGCCUGUUUUGUCUCCGAUAUGGUCAUGUUAUUCGUGUGCCCGCUAGUGGGAGGUUUAUAAACGCUAGCACAUGUCGACAUGUUAUUGAUAGAACCGGUUCGUUCAGUGACCCUGCUAGUGGGGGUUAAACACUAGUAAUUUCUGUAGUCCGCCAGUGGGAGGUUUAUAACACUGGCCGUGACCUAUAGAGGAGACGUCUAUUUCGUGCCCGUACUGUAUCCGUUUUUCGUGAUUGCACUUGUUGGCAUGCUGUAAAUUUAAUUAAGGGCAAUUCAUAUUUUACUUACUGAGUUAUCUCACCUCGUUUUUCUCGUCCACCAUUUCAGGUAGUGUGCCCCGAGACUCGGAAAUCAAGGGGAGUGACGUGAUAAAAGGCUAGCCACUUAAGAUUUAACAUAGAUUUAGAUACAUGUACUCCAUGCUCUUGUAAGUUAGAUUUUAAUUGGAAAUUUUAGGGUAUCAAAACUGAUUUUGUUUAGUAAGUUCCGAGCCUUGUGCAUUUGUGGGACCCGUCUCACGAGUGCACGGCGUCUGCCGCGCCCCCGAUUUGGGAUGCCAAAGCACAAGUGUCUCAAUCUUGUAAGGGUCGGGCCAAACAACCAAAUUGAAGUUGGUUUGCCCUCUUCUCCAUCCAUAAACAAUGAGGUAGAGCCAAGCCAACAAUCUGCUUCAUCUGGAAACAAUGAGGGUGUCAAGGUCAAUGUCGUAUUUGAUGCAAAUUGCCACCCAGUUGAUAAAGAAGGUUGCACCUUAACUCGAUUCCUUGGUACUGUUGUAAGAAAAUCAAAUGUUGCACCAAUUAACUACAUGGAAUGGAGGGAUAUGCCUCAAAUUUAUAAGGAUGACAUGUGGAAGAUUAUUGAGUCCAAGUUCCUUAUUGAGGAGAGCCGCAAAGAGCAAAUCAAGAGUUGGAUUAUGAUCAAUGUAAAUGAAAAAUGGAAAAAUUAUAAAAAUGACUUAAAAAGUGCAGGAUUUGAUAUGUUGUUAACAGCAGAUGAAAUGUAUGAAAAAAUUAAUGAUCCUCGAGUUGAUGAGCAAUUUCAGUUGCUGUUGAAUAUUGGCAUGGUGAGAAGGGUGAGCUUUGCUGAAGGAAGAAAGCCAUCAAGGGCUAAACUCUACAUUCAAAGUCAAACGAAAAAGGAUGGGGGACCUGUAAGUGAAAAGGAACAACUUAAAAACUACAUGAGUGAGUCUAAUUCUUCUGCAAGUGCAUUGGAGCAAACUACAUCUUGGCGAGAUGAUAUAUUAUCCAAGGUGAAGGGAUAUGACAAGAAAGGGAGGGUUUGCUGCUUAAGGAAGGUCUCAACUUCCAAAAACUUUGUCCUUUCCACCUCUACAAAUAGCAAUGUUAAGCAAAGGUUGAGUAAGGUAGAGAAUAUAUUGAGUAGAUUAAUGCAACUCAUGAAAGCAAAAUUCCCUAACGAGAAUAUCAUAGAUAUUCUACAAGUUGCCAACCAAUUAGUUGCUACCAACAGCUUGGAUAGAGAGGUUCCGGAUGCUAAUAGUGGGCGAGGUUUUUCCCCAAAUAAUCGUUCCUCUUCACAUUCAAGCCAUCACCUUUUGUCUCACCAAAAUGAAAGUAAUGAAGAAAAUGAUAGGCAAAGGGAUUGAAAGGCAUGUUUGUAUCUCUUCUUGGAUCUGUAAUUUUUGGCGAUAAGCAUUUAAUUGAACUUCUUUGGAUUCUACAAUUUUUGUUUUCGCCUAGAUUUGCUGUUUUGAGAUUGAUUUAUAUCUAUGGAAUUCCUCUUUUAUGAUUGUUAAUUUAGUGCAUCAAUUAACUAAUUCUUUUAAAAAAAAAUUUAUGGCCUUUUUUAUAGUGUUGAAUAGUUUGAUCUGCAUAGACUUGCUUAGCUUGAGUGGUUGUGUGCUUUGGAAGGAUUGAUUCGUGCAAAUGGUUAAGAAAUUUCAAAGUGUUGU